AAAAGUAGCGCCGCCAUUCAAUUAAAAUAAGCGUCGUUUUCUACUUAGUGCGCGUGAUUUAUAUUGUUAUUUUUUGUUUGCAUUUAAUCGCUGAUUUAUUUACUGUUUAUUCAAGUGAAGUAUAUAAAUUGAAAAAUGGAUUUCGAUAAUGCCAAGGAGAAUAUACAGCCCUUGGCAAGUGGUCGCAACGUGAGCCUGCUUCAAGCCUCGCUCUGCCAAGAUGCAUCCCAGGAGCUCAGUGCGCAGCGCAAGCAGCUGGAGCUGGACAUAAAGAACUACAAUGGGGACGAUCCGCUAGAGCCCUGGUAUACGUACAUAUGCUGGAUAGAACAAAGCUAUCCGGCUGGUGGCAGCAAUUCGGGAUUGCAAAAGGUGAUGCACAAGUGCCUGACGAAAUUCGAGGAUGACGAGCGCUACAAACAGGAUCCGCGGCUGAUAAAACUGUUUAUUAAAUAUAUGGGCAACCAGGGCGAUCAGAUCGAGUGCUAUCAACAGAUGUAUAACAACGGUAUUGGGACCAUGCUAGCCGACUUCUAUAUAGCCUGGGCGUAUAGCUACGAUCUCAGUGGCAAUAUGCGCAAGGCCAAUGAGAUUUUUCGUCUGGGCGUUGAGUGUCGCGCCCAACCGUUGGAGGAGCUGAAGGAGGCGCAACAGCAUUUCGGUUAUACCGUGGCCCAGCGUAUGCUCUAUAGCGAGGGCGAGGAGACGACGGCUGUCACACAGGAGCUGAACGAUCGACGUCUCGCCUUGCGUUCCCUGCAUGGGCAGAAGCGCAAGAAUACCGUUACGGUAGGCAGCGUACGUACAGGUGCGGCCAUCAAGAGCAAUAUGCCAGGUGUAGUGCAGAACUCGGGGGCCAGCACCAGUCGCGCCAGCCGCAAUGCCCAUCGCCAGCUGGAGGUGUUCAAUGAUGAGAACGCGGAUGUGAAUAUGCCACCACCACCUCCACCUGCAGCAGUUGCGGAAGAUGAGGGCAAGACUAGUCUCCGCUCCAUUAUCGAUGCGGCACGUCAUCAGGAGAACCUGAAGGAGCCGAUCGCCUGGAGCAAGCCACACAAGCACGGCAAAAUCUUCGCCUCCACGGCACAUCACGAUCCUGCUUUUCCUAUACAUGUGGAUGAAAAGUCGCUGCCGCCCAUCGUUGAUCCCGCUGGUAAUCAACUGAAGGCCUUUAAGCCGCCGUCCAACUUCAAGGCGAAGAACGUAAAGCAAGAUCCUUGGAUUACGCCCGUGACCAUUGAAGAUCAGCCGGAUAAAAACACGCUGCCGUGCUAUAACAAGUGCAUGCUCUAUCCACGUCCCAACAUGGAGUUCUCUCCCGAGGAAUAUCGCGCCUACUGUUGGUUCAAGCAGCGCAAUGCUCAACAUCCCUUUGUGCUGCGCCAUGAUCCCUGGUGGGGCAACGACUGUGCUCUGGGCGUGCGCCGCUACCCGAACUUUGCGAGCGCUGCGCAGCCACAGCCCCGCGAUGAACUGGAUGCGUAUUAUAAGCCGCCAGCGGUGCCGUCCCUAGAACCGUUGCUGGACAAGAUUUACAACGAUGUGGAGCAGCAGGAAUAUCAACUGGAAGAGCUGCUCGUGGCCAAGUGGCGGCAGAAGCGCAUCACAAAACUGGGUGUCAUGGAUAUGGAGGAGACGGUCUGUUUGCCAGGCGAACAAAUGCCGCGACGCAAAAGCUUCUUUCCCAAUAUGCAGCCGGGCACGAGUCGCAAGAGUGUGAUGCGAGUAUCGUGUGUGCUGGAGGAGGAUGAGGACAAAGAAGAGGGAGAAGAGGAGGAGGAGGCGGUGCAGUUUGAACCACCCAAAGUUGCUGCUGAUGCGCCUGCAAUUAAAAUCUGGGAAGAUGUUCCAGAUGCAGCUGCUGCUCCUAGCCCAACUCCCACGACAUCGCUUGCUGCAGCUGCUACUGCUGCUGCAUCUGUCUCACCUGUCGAUGAUAAACUGGUGAUGCCACCGCCGCCCACACGCAAAAUCGAGAUAUACGAAGAUGAUGCCAACAUGCCACCGCCAUCACUGGCGCCUGCAGCUGCACUUAAGCCGACAGGCAGCGCCUUCUUCGAUGCUGACGAAACAUGCUCGACGCAAAUGUUUAACAUAUUCAUUAAAUCGCAGGCGGUGAGCACGCCUAAGGCGACACAGAAACAGGCGCCAGCUCGUCAAUUUGGCACUUUGCUCAAGGAAACAUCGCCAGAGGCAGCAGCAGCAGCAGGAGCAGGCGCAAUAGCAGGAGGAGGAGCAGCAGCAGCAGGAGCAGCAGUAGCAGCAGCUGCCAUACCACCACCUGCUGCGUUGCCUGGCAACGAUGAGGCGGGCGGUGAAGCAGCUGCUCAGUCCGUUUCGCCCAUGCUGCGCAAACAACUGUCAACGAUAUUGGAAACGUCAGAGCAUGGCAUGGGCGCAACCACAACAAAGUCCACGCUGACCAGCACCGCCUCGACCACAGCCUCCACGUCGCCCAGCUUGCAGGCAACAACGGCCUUUAUGCUCAGCCACAAAUCAGAGCAGGCGAUGGAGGGCACGCCGGGCCCGACACGGUUCCAGCGACAAAUGGUCAGCGAGCUGUCCGUGGUGGGCGAGGAGCCGACGGUUGGCAGUGCAGCUGCAGCGGGAGCUGGCAAUUUCGAGCGGCUCGAGCUCUGGGAACCAAAUGCGCCGAGUGUGCCAAUGUUGAAAUCCCUGCGCUUCCAGGAGGAUAAAACGGAGACAGUGACCAGACCAUUGAUGGCCUGCUAUCAGGAAGAUAAGACAGAGACGUUGCCCAAGUUUCCAUUGGCUCAGCCGGACAUGGCGAAUGCAUCGAAGUUGCAGCUGCUGCAGCAGCCAGUCCCAGAGAUGCCAACGUCCUACGACGAAGAUGACAUGUGUGGACUCUUCUCCAAGACGCCACCCAACCCCAAGUCGUUCGGCACGCCCCUUUACGCAGGCAACUCCAAACGGAUUUGUAAUCAAGCCACGCCCGAAGCAUUCAGCAAAUCUGUCAAGCAACUGGAGCUGCCCAAGAAGAGCUCCUUUGAGAUCUUUGAGGAUGAGGGCUUUGCAUUGCCGGCCGUCAAACCGAGUGUCGAUAUGCUAGCUGAAUCCCUUAAGGCAGAUCUGUCCUUUGUGCCGGAGACGCAGCCGCAGCAGCUGCCAGUGGAGAACAAGAGUCAGACAGCUGCAAAGAAGAAAUUUGAAAUCUUUCUGGAUGAGACGAUGCCCCCACCGGCUCUGCCGCCAGCUGUGCCAGCCAUGAUGGACUGCACGCUGCCCGAGACGCAGACGGAUACGAUUGGCCCCGCACACUUGACGGCUUCCUUUAUGAAGGACUUGAGCAGCUGCCUCAUGCCACAGCCGCUCACAACCAAAGCUCAAUGUGCGCCACCGAAUUUUGAAAUAUUCUUGGACGAAUCCUUGCCACAUAUGCAGCCACCUCCAGGUGCAGCCCAAGCCCAUGAGGCUCUGGAUAAGGCGGAGACUAUAGGACCAGCCCAUCUGACCGCUUCCUUUAUGAAGGACUGCACAGCGCUGGGCAAAUGUCCAGCGACACCCGUCAACUCCUCAUCCACAGCAGGUUCGAAAAAGCUCAAGUUUCUGCAGGAUCUGGAAGCGUCCAGCACAAAGUCAACAACGGCAUCAAGUGGCAAGGAUUCCAAUGAAUACUUCGAGCUGAAUGCAGCGACGGAAAUGUUUGCCAGCAACAUAAGCAUGAUCAAGAACUCGACACUGUUGCCCAGCAAGGUGGAAGCAACAGCUUCUAGCUCAGCUCUCAUGCCACCUCCAGCUGCCGCUUCCUCCUCCAUGGACAUACCAAACAUUGUUGUUCAGGAGGCUCCUCUCGAUGAUGAACGCAGCAUCUACUACAAAAAGACGCCGCUGACGCCCAAGCUGUCGCACAAUGCCUGGCAGGAUUCGGUGGCCAGCAACUGCUCCAAGGAGAUCUUUACACACCGCAAGCCCAGCAUGGAUGAGUCCAUACUGAAUAGCACGCUGGCUAGCAAAAAUGUGAAUCCAUUCAGUGUGGAUAUCAUCAAUUCCCUGCUGGAUUCCAUUGAAUUUUCGCUGUACAUCGAAAAGCUGCCCAAUUGCCAGCUGCAAGGGAAUGUGAAGCGCCUGAUGCCGCAGUCGACGCUGGAGGUGAACGGCGAACGGUUCGAGGUGCAAAAGAUUAUAGGCAAAGGCGCUUACGGCUGCAUAUACAGCGGCAUUCACAGCAAGUCGGGCAAGAAGGUGGCUUUCAAGCAGGAGCGACCCACCAACUACUGGGAGUACUACAUAUGCCUCGAGGUCCACUCGAGAUUGGAGAAUGAGAAAAUGCUGCCCGCCUAUAUGAACAUCGACUACGCUCUGGUGGGCAACAAUAGCAGUGUUUACAUCUCGGAGUUCUCUGAAUACGGCUCUCUAAUCACCGUCUGCAACAAGUUCAAGAAGCACACGAAUAAGAAUAUGGAUGAAUACGUGGUCAUGCAUCUGUGCUGCCAGCUGUUGGAUAUAGUCGAUCAUCUGCAUGCCAUCGGCAUUAUACAUGCCGAUAUCAAGGCGGAUAACUUUCUGUUAAUGCGACCUUUGAGCGCUGAGGCAAAUGAGCUGAGUGUGCAAUUGAUUGACUUUGGCGUGGCGAUUGACACGAAACUCUUCGCGCCCAACCAGACGUUCGACUACGUUCACAACGAGGAGGCUUUCAAGUGCAUUGAGAUGCGAACGGGUCGCCGUUGGACAUAUCAAUUGGAUUUAUUUGGGCUGGUCGGUGUGAUGCAUGUGCUGUUAUUUGGCCGUUACAUGGAGGUAGCACAGCGACAGCCGGGCGGCAUUUGGAUGCCAAAGACGGCGCUGCCGCGCUAUUUCAGCCGCCAGACCUGGGAGUCCAUAUUCCGCACGCUGCUCAAUGUGCGCGAUUGCCGCAGCAUGCCCAAUUUGCAGCAGCUGCGUACCAUGCUCAAGUCGGAGCUGGCCGAAAAGGAGAAAUAUGUUGAGGCGGCCAUUACUAAGUUCAAUUUGAUUAUGCAAAGACAAGGGUAGAAAUGUGUAACUAAUUGUGUGUAAGAAUCUAUCUUAAAUUUUAGUUAUUAAAUGUAGUCUUAUUUAUUUCUUCUGUCCAUUAACAUUUGUUCAAUCUUUAAUUGAGCCGGACAGCGUUGCCACAUUGUUAACAAACUUCAAUUAUGACAUUUUUCUGAACAAGUUUGGUAUUUUAAAGUAGUAGACUUCUUUUUGUGUUUUUGUUAAUAGCAACAAUGUAGUGUAACUAUGAUAAAAUAUUUAAAUUGUAUGUUUAUAUCCCUUUUACCAACAAUUACAUGAUCCUUUUAAACAACCACAA